AUGACCACCUCUCUCGACCAGCUCAAGCAAACUGGCACCGUUGUCGUGUCUGACUCGGGCGACUUUGAGUCCAUCGAUGUUUACAAGCCCCAGGAUGCCACCACCAACCCCUCACUUAUCCUUGCCGCUGCGGGAAAGGCUGGCUACGGUCGCCUAAUUGACUCUGCUGUUAAGUUCGGCAAGUCUAAGGGCGGAAGCGUUGAGGACCAGACGAACGCCGCCCUCGACCGCCUUCUCGUCGAGUUUGGCAAAGAAAUUCUGGCGAUCAUCCCCGGCCGCGUCUCCACCGAAGUCGAUGCUCGCCUUUCUUUCGACAAGGAGGCCACUAAGGCAAAGGCCAAAGAGCUGAUUGCCCUCUACGAGUCUGUCGGUAUCAAGAAGGAUCGCAUCCUAAUCAAAAUCGCAUCGACCUGGGAGGGUAUCCAAGCCGCCCGCGAGUUGGAGCGCGACGAUGGUAUCCACUGCAACCUCACUCUGCUCUUCGGAUUCGGUCAAGCUGUCGCCUGUGCUGAAGCCGGUGUUACUCUGAUCUCACCCUUUGUCGGCCGUAUCCUCGACUGGUACAAGAAAUCCACGGGCAAGAACUACGAGGGCGACGAGGAUCCCGGUGUCAAGUCUGUCAAGAAGAUCUUUAACUACUACAAGCAGCACGGGUACAAGACAAUCGUCAUGGGUGCUUCUUUCCGCAACACGGGCGAGAUCAAGGCUCUCGCUGGCGUCGAUUUCCUGACCAUCUCGCCAGCUCUCCUCGAGGAGCUCAAAAAGUCGACGGACCCAGUCCCCAAGAAACUGGACGCCUCUGCCGCCGCUCAGGCCGAACCUAUUGAGAAGGUCAGCUUCAUCGACAACGAGCCCGAGUUUCGUUGGACUCUGCUUCAAGACCAAAUGGCGUUCGACAAGCUCCACGAGGGUAUCAAGAAGUUCGCGGAGGAUGGCGAGACCCUCAAGAAGCUUCUCCGAGAAAAGAUCUCUGCCUAA